AUGGAAAAACCAUUUCUACAAAUGAAGAGAAAACAUAAGAAGGGUAAAUAUCUAUCACCAUCUCAAACUAAACUUAAUUUCAAACUGGUGGCAGUGAAAACAACAGCAAACGCUCGUGCAACCAAAAAGCUUGAUUGCAGUAGUAAGGAGUUCAAAACAUUUGAGCGGAAGGUGAGUUCUGACAUCUGCAAGAAAAAUAAGAGCUUCAAGACCACAAAGAAAGAAGUAAAGAAAAUGUGGAAAGGCUUGACCAAUAAAGAACGGCAAAAUUACUCAUCCACUAGUCCAAACAAGGCUGAUCAUAGAAAUUGUAAGAACGAAAAAUUGGCAGUUACAAGACGGCAUUGUAUUUGAAGACAACAUAGGGUAAUUCCAUGGUAGUGAUGACAUUUUUUGAAGAAAAAAAGUUCUUAAUAAUUUUAAAAUAAAGCUUUAUUUUGAUAGUAUACAUAUUCAGGGGUAAUAUGAAAGUAAAUUUGACAAAAUAUUGCAGCUAGAUUACAGUUAUAUGCAAUGUUCAUAUGUGUGUUACUUAAAUGUUGCAAUGACAUCGCUAAUUAGGGUAAGUUAACUUCUAAUCUUUGAAGGUAAGCUUAACAUAUUUUUACUACAAAUCAGUGGCAAACAACCACCACAGUCAUUAACUAUUCCAUUAAAAAAAACAUAUUCUCUAAAUAUUUUUCUAUUGCAUAGUCUGGUUCUUUAAAUUUGAGGUCAUAUGGCAUGUAACGUGAGUCACAAAAACACCAAUUUUUUAAUUUUGCGAACAAAACAUGGCGAGUUAACAGCUCUUGUUCAUUAUUUUCGUUCUUCUAGUGAUAGCUUAACUAUAAAUAUCAAUUUUAUGCAUGUUAGCUUAAUCGAUGCUCUAUGAGAGCAUUCCAAAUAUUGGUAACGUGAGUCACAUGUACAUUGAUUACACAAUGUAACGUGAGUCACAAAUUUAGAAAAGUAGACUUAGGCAGUAAUGAAAAGUAGAAAGUGCUUACAUGAAGUAGUUCCUAAUCUAGUGAUAAGUCAGACAGUUUGUGGGCGCUUAUAUUGUAUCCAUGUUGUUUUCUGGUGGCUUUAAAUGGUGGAAAGGUGAAAAAAAAGAAGAUUAAUCCAUUGCAAUCCGACAUAAAUAUUGCUCUUUCACGAGUUAUUACCGUUGAUUUUAAGGUUAGAUAUUUAUAUUGUUAAAUUACAUUGUUCGUUCUUAAGGCUGUGAUAAAUUAUUUUGAAAAUAUAUGGUUUAAAAGUUCGCUUCAAUUUAUGAUUCGAUUUGCUUUGUCAUAGUUUUUGUACAAACAAAAUGGCGCUUACUGCGGCUGAGAGGCAAAGGAGAAGACGUGAAAAAUUGAAACAACAAGGAAAGUAUGAGGAAUAAAAAAGUCAUCAUCGUGAAAUUGCCCAGAAAAGCCGUGAUAAAAAGAAAGAUCUGUUGGAGAAUUUAUCUCAACAAAGGAGAGAAAUCUUUCAAAGAGAGCAGAGAGAAGCUACCAGGAAACGUGUGGCCAAAUGCAGGGCAUUAAAAAAAAGGAAAAAGAAAGUGUUGUGACGCAACCAUUCGUAAGUGCGGUCGCUUUCUCUAGAGCAACAGCUAGAGCUAAAAGAGCACUCAAGAAUGCCCUACCAAAGUCCCCAAGAAGACGAAAAGCAGUCCACUGAAAACUAUAUGAACGUGAAUUAGAUGGCAGUAGUAUAUCAUCCUCAACCGACUCACCAAAAAGAUCCGAUGCUUUGAGCGAUGAACUAGUUGAACUAGUAAAAACUUUCUACCAAAGAGAUGACAUUAGCCGACAGGCACCUGGUAGAAAAGAUGUAAUUAAUGUCCAAGACAAGAAUGGGCAAAAGGUUUCUUAUCAAACUCGUCAUCUCACCUCCUCGGUCAUGGAGACUUAUGCUCUUUUCUGCAAAGAGUAUCCCAACAAAAUUGGAAAAAGUAAAUUUGCCGAACUUAGACCAAAACAUGUUUUACUGAGUAGCAAACUACCCCACAAUGUAUGCUUGUGUAAAUACCAUGAGAACUUUAUAAAUGCUGUAAAUAUAUUACAUCAAGUCUCACCAAGUGUACCACUUUACACAAACGAGUUCCCACAAUCGUGCCUCUGCAACCCUGUGAAGAGAGAGUGCUGGAUGAACCAAUGUGAACAGUGCAAAGAUGGUAAGGGUUUUCGUAAUUCUUAUCCACUAGAAGAAAAUGGUGACAUCAAGUGGUAUGUCUGGAAGACAGACAGUAGUAAUAAACUUGUGAAAAAUGUAGAGGAGGGCACCGCCGAGGAGCUGUAUACCCAUAUAUGCUCAAUUAUCCCCCAGUUCAUGGCACACUGCUUCACAAAAAGAAUGCAGGCAGAAGCCUAUAACAAAGAGCAAAAGGAUGCAGAAGCAGAUUCAGAAUCGCUUUCGAAUGCUGCUUUUCUUCAAGUGGACUUCUCUGAGAAUUACACUUGUGUUUCCCAAGAUGAAAUUCAGAGUGCCCAUUGGAAGCAAAGUCAAGUUAGUUUGUUUACUGCUGCGUUAUGGUAUUCUGGUAUCCUACACCCCAUUGUCAUAGCAUCGGACAAUCUGAAUCACUCCAAGGAUACAAUAGUGGCAUACAUUGAUUAUCUGCUAUCUAUUCUACCAUCCAACACCCAAAACAUUUCCAUCUGGUCCGAUGGCCCAUCGUCCCAGUUCAAGAACCGGUUUAUAGUAGCUGCACUAAAGUCCCUCCAAGAUAAGCACAAGAUCCAGAUUACAUGGAACUAUUUUGCAACUUCACAUGGGAAGGGACCAGUCGAUGGCAUUGGUGGGGCAGUCAAGCGUCAGGUGUGGAUGACUGUGAAGACGAGAAAACACAUUGUCUGUGAUGCUAAGAGCUUUGUCGUUGCAGCCGAAGAUGCCUCCAAUGUGAAGGUUGUUGAGAUGGCUACAUCAGAGAUCGAGGAAAGAAACACAUCUCUGAAUACUAAAGAAGUGUUUGAAGAUGCAAGCCCAAUCCCAGGCAUUGCUAAUUUUUGUUUGUUUUUCUUUUGGAAUUGGAUCAAAAAGGUGGUUGCAGGUAUUCAGAUCCUGGAAUGCUGUGGAAUGGCCCUGCUGACCUGUUGGGACAUUUUAUUGGGUGAACAUCAAAUGAUGUGUGGAGUGAAAUGAAAUUUCGAUUAAAUGUGACUGAUGGAAUUGGAAUGGUAUAGAUAAUGAUUAUGUGUGUGAUAUAUAUUGGAAUGGUAUAGAUAAUGAUUAUGUGUAUGAAUGAUAGUGAAUUAUGUUAUGAUGAUGCAUGGACUGUGAUGUUGGUGAAGCUUGAUUUAUAACAUAGAUAUAAAGUCAUGAUACUGGUGAUAUAUGAGUUGUAAAAUGAUAUGAAAUAUAAGUGAUACACAAGUCUGAACAUUCAAGCUAAAAUGAGACAUGAAUAGUAAAACUGUGACGUGUAUGACUCGAUUGAUUGUUUUUGUGAAAAUCGUGCAGGCAUAACCCGGGUGCGUUUAUAAUGUGAGAUGUAUUGUGAUGAUGCCAAGACCUGGGUGAAUGCCAAUGUAUCGCCACCCAGGUCAAGUCCCAUGUGUUUUGUGUUCAAAACUAAGGUUAUGUUCUCAUCAGGCUCCAAGCAUAACCGGGAAAGCACGUUUCGACCCCGCUAGCUGGUCUUGGAACUACGUGCCCGCAUAUAAAUAUUCAUUUCUGUUCCCGUUUAUAUAAAUUAUACAUGUAUGACAUGUGCUUGCGCGAAAAAAUCUGUUGAUUAUUUCGCCUAGGAACAGUGUGAAAAUUGGUUGAAUUUGGUAUGUAUUCUUUGUAAUGGGUGAAAAUGAUAAGAAUGUCAUGCGUAAUGUGGUAAUUUACGGUUACGGAAUGUAAAAAAUGAAAUUUACUUACUGAUAGAUGUCGUAGAGCGUACUUUGCGUGUAGGCAAGGCGAAAAGAAUUUUUAAUGGGCGAGGGGUUCUAGAAUUACGUCGGGGGGGGAAUACUGAGAUGUGAGGGGUUGGGAUGGGAUAAGGGUGACUUAGUUGGGGGGGGGGUUAGUUGAUGGGGUGUACAUGGGUUUGGAAUGUGGUUUGGGGUUAAAAUUCCGGUGGGGAUUGGGUUAGGUCUGGAUUGCUGCUCAGGAAAGUGGAUUGAGUUAGUUUUUAACAGUGUUGUAGGUUUGGGAAGUUCAGAGUGGGUUAGGUGUGUAAAUGUUGUAGGAAUGUGUCCCUGAUGAAAGUGGAAACAUCGGAUGAAAAUGUUAUUGAGAGGUUGGAGUGGAUAGCGAGGGAUAUAUUGAUGUUAUGAUAGCUUUGUAAUGGCAGAGUUUGUGGCAGAAGUUUUUUGCCACAACAUUUUUCGUUCUUUGAAAGGUGAAUGGUAGUUCGAAAUGGAAGUGACGGUGGUGUGUGAUAUAUAUUGUGAAUGCUCCGUGGCGCACUGUGUGGCAAAAGGCUUUCUGCCAUGAAAUUUGUAAUUAAAGUUUGUGGAUGGUGAGUGGUGAUUAAAACAGUUACUUUUGAAAAUUGUAUUGAUGGCUUUGUGGCCGAGUUUGCGACAAAGAUUUUUUGCCUUUUAUUUCUCGUUCUUUGAAAGUGAAUGGUGAGAUAUUCUUACGAUGUUGGGAUGGUUGGUCAGGGAUAUUUCAGGUGGGUUUUUGGUCUGGGUUUGGGGUGGAUAUGUAUAUAAAGAUAUAUAAAUAUAUAUAAAAAGGAUAUACAGAAAGUAUAUAAAAGAUAUACAAAAAGGAUAUACAGGAAGUAUACAAGAUAUAUAAAAAUUAUAUAACCAAAUUAUAUACAACUGUAUAAUAGGUGAUGCUGUGGUGUCAAUUAAAUAAAUCGGUCUGUGGUUGUAUAUUUUUAUUUGUUAAUUGUGUGUUGAUUAAAUUAAACUGUGUGAAGUGGUUGGAUUAUAGUAUGUACAGAUUUGAUUGUUUGAUUUGAUUGGUGGAAAACAUUUUUUGUUCUAAUAUUAUUUACAUUGGUUGCCUGAUUCGUGGAAUGUUCUGAUCGAUUAAGUGAUUGAUUGUAUGCCGACUAUAUCCUACACAUGCUUGGAUUUGGGUUAUGGAUUUCCCUGUGGAUUUGCCAAUUUGGUGUCUUUCAUGGGAGGCCUUCCCUAGUUCAUCGUGGUAGAAUCUACUGGUAAUCAAUAUACAGGAAAUUGUCUUGUCCUGUUCAUUUCAACUGUAUGCUGUAGAUGUGAUUUGAGUUGAUUUCCCAGUCUUGGAUAAGUUGGAGGUGGGGAUCUCGGUUUAUUGUGUAGAUAUCCAUAUUGUUGAUCCUUGUUUGUUUGAUACAUCCAUUGGUGGGUAUCUUUAGGGGGUUUGGGGUUGUUGGGGGGGUGGUGGUUGGGGGGAGGGGUUGUGUCUAUUUUGGCAUGUGAUGUUGGUGAGACAAUGUGGGUGAUUGGGUGAAUUUGGUGCGGACGAAGUGUUCUUUGAGAUUUUUGUGACGUUGAUAGGCUAUGACUGGUUGUUCUGGCCAUACCCGUGAUAAAACAGGAUCGUUUUCAAUAUAAUGCCAGUGUUGUGUGAGAAUGUGUGAGAGUGGUGCGAGAUCUGGAUUGUAUGGAAUGACGAAUGGUAAUGUUCGUGUCUUGUUUUUGGGUGUGGUGUUUAUGAGUAAUUGUGACUGGGUGUACGAUGAGGCUUUGUUGAUGUGA